AUGGGGGCAUCCAGCCUGUGGGCGCAAUUACCGCUCCUGUUUUUCCUGGUGCUGCUCUUCGUCAGUCAUGGAGCCACCGCAUCGCCGCAAAAUGUACCGGUCACCGCUAACUAUGUCGGCGGAAUCACAAGCGUGGCAAAGUCUCAGCCGUACGAGGGCUGGGGCGGGCUGUCGCUGAUGGAGCUGGAGGCCGCCGCGAAAGCCGCCGCAGAAGCCGCCGCGAGCGCCGCUGAGGAGGCCGAGCCCACAUCAGCGACGAGCUCGUCCGAGGCCGGCGAGCGCGUUUCAGAGGAAGGAGAUGCCGAGGGCGCGUUGCGCCGAAGCCUCGCUGGCAGCUCCGCGCUCAGUCCACUCGCGUCCGCGUGGCACAGCCUCCUGAUCGCGCAGUACAUGAGCCGAACCACGGCGUGCGGCGCAACGCUAACGCGCGCGUGCCGCGCGCUGCAGAUGGCGGACAGCCUCGUGAAGUCGGGGAAGCCGGGGGAAGCCGUCGCGCAGACCAAGCUGGCCGGGUCUCUCGCACACGCAUGCGCGGGACGCGUCCCGGCGAGCGCGGCGCAGCAAAUACGCCUCGCCCUGCCGCAGAUAAGCCUCGGCCAGAACGCUCUUUUGGCUGGCGGGUCGAAAUCCGUGCGCCCGUCGAGUACGAGCGCGAAGAAAUCCAGCUCGUCCGGAGGGAAAUCGAGCUCGUCCGGAAGUAAAUCGAGCACAUCUGGGAAGAGAACGACGUCGACUGGGAGGAAGAAGGGCGGGCACAAGUGGAAAGACACCCCUGCCACGACGAACCGCAAAAAGGGGGGCCACAAGUACAAGAAUGCCCCAACCACGAACAACCGCGUAAAGGGGGGGCACAAAUACAAGCGGGGCGCCAGGAGAAGUGGUUCGCGAAGUGGGCAAGGCUCGCGAAGCGGUUCGCGAAAGAGCGGGAGUUCUUCCAAGGCGCCUGCGAAGAAAAAUGGCGAUAUCGGCUGGUUGGGACACAACGACGUUGCGCAGGGGAUAAUGCAGUGGCUGCCGUAUGGUAACCCGAUCGACGACUGCUGGAUGGGUCCCAAUUGGCAAGCCACUCCGACGAAAUUGGCGAGCUGCGUCGAGGGUUACGCGACGGGAACCACUGGCGGCGCGAAUGGGCGCAUUUACCAUGUGACGUCGAAUCAGGACGAUCGGAUCAACCCCAAGCCCGGCACACUGCGAUACGGCGCAACCCGGGCUGAGCCGCUGUGGAUUGUAUUCGACGACGACUUUGACUUUAGCGCGCUGGAUGCGGAGAUCAUCGUGUAUAACGACAAAACGGUGGACGCGCGUGGGCGAAAGAUCACGAUGGGUAACGGGCCGUGCAUGGCCAUCGAGUUUUCGCACAACGUCAUCGUGCACGGCAUGGCGUUCAAGAACUGCAAGAACCGCGUCGGUGCUAUCUCGCUGACCACGGGCCCGGACAAUACAGUGGGCGGGCGGAACUACCUUAACGGGUAUGGGCUGUACAUCUACGCUUCCCACCAUGUGUGGGUGGACCACUGCUCGUUUGACUACGCGGACGACACCCACAUUGAUAUUGUCGCCGCCAGCACUGCCAUCACCGUCUCCAACUGCUACUUUACAAAUCAGGAUAAGGUCAUCUUGAUGGGGCAUGAUGAUGCGUAUAGUGCCGACCGUGCCAUGCGUGUAACUGUCAUGCUGAACAAGUUCGGGCCGAACCUGUCGGAGCGCCUGCCUCGGGGCAGGUUCGGGCAGUUCCACGUCUUGAACAACUACUACCCGAAUGGGUGGAACAUCUACGCCAUUGGUGGCAGCGCCGACCCGACGUUUCUGAGCGAGGGAAACUAUUUUGUGGCCAAUGACAAGCCGUUUCUCAAGGAGGUGACGAAGCACAACAUAGCAGCAGGGCAGUCAACGUACAUGAGCUGGGACUGGCAGUCAGUAGGUGACCACUUUGAGAACGGGGCAUUUUUCACCAAGAGUGGCUCGCCGGGCUAUAAACCUUCUUACUCUUACAAAGCACUCAGUGCUCUGGAGGUGCCACGUGCAACCAAUCGUGCUGGCCCUAUUGGACAAUAG